CAUCAUGUGAUCUACAGCUGGGGUAUGAAAGGAGGCUUUUUAUAUGAGCUGUAAGCAGUUCUCAGAGGUUUGCAUGCGCUGGAAGGAUAAACCGUCUCCUCCACAGCUCGGUUUGAUCAUGGCAUAAUCAUCUGACUUCUCUCCUAAUCUUCAUCACUACAAGUGAAGAGGAGCUGAAGAGACUACAGUGCUGGGCUCUUUGUCAUGGAUCAUCACAGUCAAUCCAACCACGUCUCUAGUUUCCAGUGGCUUUCUUUCGCCUACCAGGGCCUGACAGAAAUCCCUUAUGAAACUAUCCUCGCACAGACAGACACUCUGGAGGUGCUGGACCUGAGUUACAAUCUGCUGGAUGAUCUGUAUUGGAACCCGGCUCUGCUGAGUCAGCUGGAAAAGCUCAGCACUCUGAUUCUGGACUGUAACAACUACACGUCUCACGUGAAGUUCCCCUACAUGCCCAGCGUGACCACCGUGUGCAUCAACAAGAACAAGAUCAACAAUCUGCCUGUUUUUGUGGAAGAAAUCCGACGAAAGUUCCCGAGUAUCAAGAUCCUCAGUAUGAUGAACAAUGACGCAGCACCGAGCUAUUUCAACGGGGGUAGUCUGACCCAGUACAAAGACUAUAGACAGUACGUCAUCAGUCAGAUCCCAGGUCUGGAGAUCCUGGAUGACACAGAGGUCCCGGAGAAGGAACGAGUCCAGGCUAGAAAGACCUACAGGCUGCAUCAGAGCAGCCACAGCAGCAGGAAGAGGAAAGAGGAUUCAUCCAGGAAACACACACUCAUGGCGAAAAAGUCAAAUACUGUCAUCAGACAAUAGAGUAAACGAGCCUUUUCAUCAUUUCCCUUCAGUAUAAUAAUGUCAACAUCAUACACAACGUCUGUUUCUGUAGCUGCUUUUUCUAACGUGUAUUUGAAGCUGCACUUUACUCAUCAUAUUCAAAUCCAAACACCAUGUUUUACACAGCUGUGCUAUCAAAUAAAAAUGGAAAUAUUCUUCA